CCAAAUCGAAUCGAACCAGCUUAGAUUAGCUUGAGAUCCCAUCAGGCAGUUGGUCCAUGUCUCCGAGUGUCUCUCUCGUAUUGCUACAUUCCUCUCUCUCUCUCUCUCUCAUAUUUCUGGCUUGCUGUCUCUCUUCUGUCUAUCUCUGUCUCGAUGCUCUGGAUUUCCUCCAUUGUUGCCACAGGUUUUCAUCUUCUCUUGCUUCUGUCGGCCCCUCUUCUCUCCCAUCAGCAGCGAAGAGCGAAAGAACCCACCAACUAUCUCACCAAACCAUCCCUUUCUAUGCACUGAAACAAUCCUGGAGCUAAAAAGGUUUUUCAGCCUUCCAGUUGGCGUAUUGCAGCUUAGAAACACUCUUGCCAAAGUUUGGGUUUCUAUGUUGGCCUGUAUUUGAGGAAUCGCGUAUUAGGAGUCUCUUUGGAGAGAAUAUUGAUGCAUUGCUUCCACAGGAAAGCUACUUAAAGUCUCAAAAGUGAAAUUAAAAUGUCAUCCAAAGAUGCUCUGAAUUCUCAGUUAAACCAGAAAACUUUCCUUGGGUUGAAGCUAUGGGUGGUCAUUGGCAUCAGUGUCUUUGCUUUAAUAAUGUUGGUUCUCAUUAUCUUCUCAAUAUGGCUGAUGUCACGGAGGAAAACUGGUGUAAUCCUCAAUAGAAUUCCACAUUCACAAAUCCCUGACAUUUCCAAGGAAAUAACAGUUGACCGAAUUGCUGGAAACAAUUUAGCUCAUUGUUUACAUGAGCGUGAAGGACCCAUGCCUACCUACCAUAAUAAAUUUACUGAAAAGGAUUCUGUGAUGACGCUGGGACACCUGGCUGUGAGCAAGACAAGUGACGCUGAUAACCUUAGCCAAUGCAGUUCAGUUUACCAGGACAAGGCUGGUAGCUCGUAUUCUGGGGAUGAAGGUAGCUCAGGAGCAACACGCAGGCCUCAUUCUCCAUAUGGAGGACAUGUAUCAGCUUCUCCUUUAGUUGGUCUGCCUGAGUUCUCACAUUUAGGCUGGGGGCAUUGGUUUACUCUAAGAGAUCUUGAAUAUGCUACUAGUCGUUUUUCUCGAGAGAACGUCAUUGGUGAGGGUGGGUAUGGUGUUGUUUAUCGUGGUCGUUUGAUAAAUGGAACUGAGGUUGCUGUUAAAAAGCUUCUUAACAAUAUGGGGCAGGCAGAGAAGGAGUUUAGAGUGGAGGUAGAGGCUAUUGGCCAUGUUCGGCAUAAGAAUCUAGUGCGACUAUUGGGUUAUUGUGUUGAAGGAAUUCACAGGAUGCUUGUGUAUGAGUUUGUGAAUAAUGGCAACUUAGAGCAAUGGCUUCAUGGUGCCAUGCGUCAGCAUGGAGUUCUCACUUGGGAAUCACGGAUGAAGGUUAUGCUUGGUACUGCAAAGGCGCUGGCUUAUUUACAUGAAGGCAUUGAACCGAAGGUUGUGCAUCGAGAUAUAAAAUCAAGUAAUAUCUUAAUUGAUGAAGAGUUCAAUGGGAAAGUUUCUGACUUUGGGCUGGCCAAGCUCUUGGGAUCUGGAAAAAGCCAUCUGACAACUCGGGUUAUGGGGACAUUUGGUUAUGUGGCUCCUGAAUAUGCUAACACUGGACUGCUAAAUGAGAAAAGUGAUGUUUAUAGUUUUGGAGUAUUACUAUUGGAAGCUGUGACAGGAAGAGAUCCUGUAGAUUAUGGUAGACCUGCAAAUGAGGUAAAUCUUGUUGAGUGGAUAAAAUUCAUGGUUGGAAGCAGGAGGUCUGAGGAAGUUGUUGAUCCUAGCCUCGAGGUCAAAACUUCAUCUAAAGCUCUUAAGCUUGCUCUACUGGCUGCAUUGAAGUGUGUUGAUCCGGAAUCACAGAAGAGACCAAAAAUGGGUCAGGUUGUUAGACUGCUCGAAGCAGAAGAUUACCCAUUCCGCGAGGAUCGAAAAAAUCGCAGAAGCCAAGUUGUCAGGAACAUGGAGAUUUCUGUCAGAGAUUUCUCAAGCUCAAUUGAUCUUGAGAAGAAUCCAGAAGGACCAGCGACUCAUGCAUGACUAUUUCUAUUGAGUAUGACCAUCCUCUUUUUGCUGAUGUUAUUUAAAUUUCUGAUUGACAGCGAGGCCCCUCAUUAUGCCACCAUUUGGAUAGGGGAAGAUUGAUAGCUUAUUCCAUUGAUGUCCUUGUGAGGAUUGUGGUUGUAGUUUUGCUGCCAUCACUCACAGGUAAAGUUUGAAUUGGGAAUAGGAGAUCCCUGGAGAAAUCAGCUUUUUAUGUACAGUGAUCUGAAAACUGCUUUUCAUGUGGACACUUAUUUCAUUGCAAUGCAUUUCAACCUUUCUAUUUCCUGCCACUUUCA